AUGUCUGAUGUUACUGUCAUCAAAGUGAAGCCAACGACAGAGUUCGUCAUCCUUGCCACAGGCGGAGUGUGGGACGGCCUGCGCGAGCAGUUAGCCGUCACCACCGCUAGGAAGGUGCGAGAGACCAGGUCUGCAGAAGGAGCAUGGAAGCAGGGAAGGGUGCCAGGGCCGCUCCCGAAACGGGAUCCCCAGGAUCGCAUCCGGCUGAGCUCCAAGACGGUUGUCCGGAAAGGUGUGCUUGUCCGCGCGCUGCUGGAGGGUGAUGACAUCGACCUAGUCGAGGCGUUCUCCCGGCUGAUGCUGAACCUCCACGGCUCGAGCCAUGGCGCCAAAGAUUACGGAGAAACCGGGCCCAAGAAAGAUCACGCCUCCGAACGAAGCCGGGAGGCCCGCUCGGAGCUGCACAUCGUGGACCGCGAGCCACCUAGACCUACGAGUUUUUUGAAGAGCUACACAGACGAGGUGCUUUCCUUGCAACCUCCUGACACACUGCUGCUUCCGAUGCCGAUGAAGGCUCCGAGCUCCCCACCGCAGGCUUCAGCGGUGGUCUCCCCGCCCAUGAUGACCCCGCCGAGCUCGGCAAUGUCUCCCAAGUCCCCGAAGUCUCCGCGGUGGAGGCGCUUUGGGCUGGCAGUGGGUUCCGGGAACCUGAGCUCUGGAACCUCCGUGAUGGCUGCCGAAUCUGAGCAGCUCAAGAAGAAGCUCAUCACACGCCUGGUGGAGAAGGGUGGAGCAACUUUGGAAGAUUUCUACUGGCAGGACGGAUGUGCACAGAGAGUGGCUCGAAGUCCUUUAUUCCAUCAUGCAACUCUGUUCAUGAUCGUGCUCUAUGCAGUGUGGAUUGCCGUCGAUGCUGACGGCAACCCUGCUUCUGUGCUGGUGGACGCUCCGCUCGAAUACCAGAUCCCGGAGCAUGUCUUCUGUACUUAUUUCUUCGUCGAGUGGUUUAUACGUUUCCUGGCAUUUCAGUCGAAGCGCAUGGCGUUGCGAGAUCGCUGGUUUGUCUUCGACACCGUGCUGGUGUCCUUGAAUGUAGCUGAGACAUGGGUGCUGACCAUUGUCUUGGCCUUGAGCCACAGCAAUGCGGACACUGCCUUGGGAGGGACCUCCUCCCUGCGCUUGAUCCGUCUUCUGAGGCUGUCCCGGCUUGCCAGGACCGCGCGUCUGCUGCAGUUGGUGCCGGAGCUUAUGAUUGUGGUCAAGGGCAUGGUGGCGUGCCUGAGAUCCGUUGUGGUGACCGCCUGCCUGCUUUUCUGCACGCUCUAUGUCUUCGGCGUAGUUCUCAAGCAGAUGGCCGAGGACAGCGAAGGCGGCCGCAAGUACUUCUCCAGCGUCCCGCAAGCCAUGUACACCCUUCUCUUGCACAGCACUCUGCUGGAUGCCCCUGCCAUGGUUCUGAGUGAGCUCGCGGAGAUCCCGGCAAUCUUGUUUAUGCUCUGCAUCUUCAUUUCAUCGUUGCUGCUGCUGAACAUGUUAGUCGGCAUCAUGUGUGAGGCCGUGAGACAGAACUUCGUAACCGAGACUGCAGCAGUCGAAGAGAAGUUCAUGACCGAGCGGGUCUCCAGCCUCCUGGCCCAGUUCGAUUGGGAGGAUGCGACGAUCACCAAGGACCGAUUUCUGGCCAUCAUGGACAAUGAGAAGGCUGCAGAGUACCUGCAAGAGGCUGGCAUCGAUGUGGUGGGUCUUGUGGACCUUGCCGAAUACAUCUUCCAGUCUGACCUUCAUGGAUAUGAGUUCAACCGGAAACUCAGCUUCAACGACUUCAUGAAGUUGCUCCUCUCGCUGCGGGGCGGCAAUGAUGUGAAGCUGAAGGACAUCAUCGAUCUCAGGAAGUACAUGAACUCACACACGAACAUGUCCAACAGUCACAUUGCCAAGAUUGAAGCCCAGCUGCGGCAAAUUGAGCGCAAGCUACCACCACUCAGCGGACACAGUGCCUCUACGCAGAAAGCCGCUUUCCGGGAAGGCAGCGGCACGAAGGAAUUCAUCGACUUCUCGAACGAGAAAGUCCCAGACCCAGACUGUCAGCGGAGUGGCAGCAAUUUUACCUUCGAUUCCGACACAGUGAUGUUUCUGGAAAACGGGGCCGCCAGCCUCACCCCUGGCGGACUCGGCGGCUCUGCGUUCUUCCCGGCGCCCUCCUUCGAGAGAUCCGAGAGCUCCUCAGCCCUCCGCCGGGCCGAGGCGCUCCUGGUGGAUGCUCUCAGAGGGUGCCGAGAAGCGAUGCUGCAGAAAGAGUCCUUGGGAAAGGAUGUUACACGAGCCCCGCGCUCGCCCUUCCCGGCACUCCGAAAGCUGGAUCAAAAGAAGUCGAUGCAGACAGAUUCUGACUGGCGACUGCAGGACCUAGCAAAUGCAGACUUGCCCGGUCGUUGGUUGGAUGGCCGGGCAAGGGGCGGGAGAGAUCCAUGCCGCCACAGUGUUAGCUCCUGGCUUCUAAGACUUUUCGUGCUGGCAGCCUUCCGCGGCUCCUGGUCUGCGAUUGAAGUCCGAAAGAUGGCAUCUGAGCAGCUGGGCGGAAGGUUGCCAGCGAAGCCAGGGUCAAACACCCACUUCUGGAUCGUUCCGGUGCCGAAGAUCCCAUUCCCCAAAGGAAUGAGCCAACCUGCGUGGUUGGCCAUGCUUGAGGCUUCAGGCUGCCCAUUGCCUUCCUACGGCCUCGAGACAGACAAGACGCGCAUCCUGGAUGUCGCGACAGCGCUGCACUGGGCGCAAGCGUGGUCUGGUCUGUGGAUUGGCGAAAUGUGCUACGCUCGAGGUGGCGAUGCUCACGCAGGACUGAGGCUUAUCCUGGGUCUCCAAGGAGAUCCACAGGUAGACCGUGCGACGGAGGCGCUGACAGCCGCUGCAGCUGAAAUGGACAUCUCUCAGCAACCUUCUUCAUCCAGCAGUCGGCGGAGCGGCCGCGCUGGAGGGAGUGCCGAGUACUGGCGGUACUUCGGAUUUCUGGCAGAUACCGACUUCGACUGCGAGACGGAGACGGUGCGGUACAUCGAGGAACAGAUUCGCCGGCGGCGAGAGCCCUCGUCGAUUGCCGAGGUAGCUGCUAACGCACUGUGCGCUUCAUCUGGCAAGGACCUGAUGCUUGUCGGUGCUGGCUGGAAUGAGCAAAAUGGGUUUUUCACUGCGGAGGCACAGCUGCCGAAAGUGCCAAGCUCUGCGACAGGUGGAUCCGGCGCGGUCCCAUUGAGGCUAGCCUUGAAGUUUGCGCACAGCUGGAGUACCUACGAGUUGACUGCUUUCUUGACCGACGGUACCUGCGAUGCUGGUGGCAAGUUGCGCAGAGUCCCGACGCUCUAUGGCGUCUGGGCAACCACGCCGUCUCAGCACCGGCACCUGUUCGUGCUUCGGCGGGCAGGGACCCUCGAGAGCCUGGCUUGA